CUUAUUACGUCUGGCUUCCCCGCCGCUCAUCAGCUGACGCAUGUGACGUGAGCCUCGCCGUUGAGUUGUGUUUAGCUCCCACGCGGUCGUUGGAAAGCCACGAUUUUCACAAACACGUGGUUUUAAACGUAACGAUAUAUCGAGAUAUGAGUUUCCAUAGCGGCAUUUUAACAUAUUAGCGUAUUAAAAUGAUGUCAAAGUGGAUUUAACCGUGGCACCUAUCACUUCGGGGUGCACGUGAUGACAUGCCCGGGCUUGUCUGAUUAUUUGGCCCAGCCGGACAGGAGCUCCACGCGCCCAUCAUGGACGGCAGCUUUCCUAAACAACUUUUCCCACACUUUUAUUUGGACGGACCUCCGGAGACUAAACCCAAAAGUAAUUAUGCAGGCUGGGGUUCAUAUGAGCGAGUGUUUGAAUCCAGCGUCGAACUGGGUGAUGCUGAAGGAGACGUCCAGCAUCGUUUUGAAUCCCAACACACUGUGAGAGGAGACCAGUGGGUACCAGUCAAACCAGCAGUUACCCCUUUAUUUCCACCAUGUGAAGAUGCCAAAGUCUUGUCUGGGCCUCCACCCGAUCCGAUGGAUUUUCCAGAGCACAUGCAGUAUUUUUACCAGCAUCACUGUAUGGAUGCUUUCUCCACAAUGGGUCAUUUGCUUAAGGAUGACUACUCAUUUAAUAGGGAUCAGACGGAGGGUGUUGUGAACGUGAGCUGGUGCAGGAAAUAUCUCGAAAGAAUGAAUUACAAAAGGUGUCAUGUUGGGCGUUACACGGUGAAGAUCCGUCGAGUCCAUCAUUUGCUGGCUGAUAUUGUCUGUGAUAUUCCUUCAUCCGUUCUCGGCAAACUCCUUCACGAGGAACUGACAUCACAGAGGGAACAACAGCAGUUCUGUUCAGAUUUCACAGGGGGCGCUCUUGGAUACACCAAACUGUUUGAGACACAGUGCGGUGGUGGUGAUGGAUGUCUGGUCUUUCCCAGUGGGCCGGCAUUAAACAAACUCAAUUUCCACAGGGUGGUGCCAAAGUACAAGGCAGACAAGCCUCCCAGUUUUCUCAUAGACCCUAAACCUCUCACAUUUGAGGUGAAUGGAACCAUUAAACAGCUCAGUCUUGGAAACAUGGAGGACAAAGGUAACUUGGCUGUUCGGUCAGACUUUUUCUGUGGUGUUUGGUUGCUGGGAGACCGCCUAAAGCCAUAUACACAGGAAGUCAUCCAGACAAAAGAUCGAUUUUCCUGUGUCACUGUCAGUCCACAUAUCCCAGAUGAGCUCGUGGUGGCCAAUGAACGGGGAGCAGCAUAUCUCUGGACCGUGAAAAAAGGAUUGCAGAAGUUUCGAGAGGAGGAUGCCAACCUGUAUUUCAAUGCGAAGUCGCCAUGGCGAUGGUGUGAGUUCUCAUGCCACCCAAGAGUGAUGGUCUUUGCUGACAGGACGGGGGCGGAGCUUGCAGACGCAAGGAAUCGUGACUGUUAUCACACAUUGUUUCGGAUCGGAAAGACACCAGCUUGUGUGACAGGAGAGAGGGUGAUGUUGACCAAGUAUCUAAGCGAAAGCCACGCCCACCAUCACCUCAUCACCACCCAGUUUUCUGCCUACCUUAUGGAUGAGCGCGUUCCAUGUGUGCCCAUGCUGAAAUGGGAUCAUAUGAUGGAAUCCCCGCCGGUGUUUGCCUGCGCUCUUCCGGGACCGACCCAAAACGACUGCAAAGUGCUACUGGGUGCUCAGAAAUCACAGGAGGUCAUGUUAUUGCAAUACAAGGGUGGCCGGGAGCAUGCCUGUCAGACUCGGGGUCCCAUUCAGAAGCUCUUCAGUCCCAAUGAGAGUCUGGACCACGUAAAGCUUCUGCUUCCCCAUAAGAGACACCUUGCUCAGAAGAGACUCGGUGUACCUGCUGCAGGUCUCGCAGCUGUACAGAAUAAGGACUACAUGUCUUUAUUCCAUCUCACAGAGACUGGAGACAUCUUUUAUCAGACGCUAAAGUUACACAAGGAUCAGGCCAACACCAGUGAGGACCUCACAGCUUCAUCAUCUGCCAAUGUAGGAGAAACUGGAGCGAACAAGGACAUCCAAUCCGCUAUAAGCAAUGAUGAUGACUCGGAUAGUGAGGCACAUCCAUUCGAGGUUGGUCGGUUGGAUAAAAAUCAAUCCCAUGCUUUGGAUACAAAUAAAGAUGCUGAAGGACCAUCAAUGCCGAAGAACCAUAAAUCAAAAAAGGAUCGUGGUUUCCAGGAUGCUUGGGAUCAGUGGUUAAAUCCCAUUUUCCAAAAGGCUGCUUCCAAAAAACAACAUUUUCAUCACCAGCAAAUCAAAACCAAAGAUUUAUUGGAUUUACGGAUCAUCACGUCUGAAGAUCUGGAAGAAGAUCGCUUGGAGAGUUUAAGGGGAAACCUUCACAAUGUCAUGAGGAAGAAAGAGCCGGUCCUUCAUGGAGUAACGUACCUGCCUCAUUUAAAGGUUACACCCGUUCCUGAUCCUGUAGAUCCUGCACAGUGGCCGGACGAUCUGAGCCAGCGAUUGACUGCGGCAUGGGAGGGCGAAUGGAAAAAUUGGUGGGAGGAGAAACUGGGUUUGAAUCGGAACGAGAAAAUCGAAGCUCUUCGUAGAAAGCGACGUAGAGAAAAGCAGGCCAGAGCCGGGAGUCGCGUCUCACUUUUUGGAAGCUUCACCUCGAGUUGUCAGGGCGAUCUGUCCGGUUGGUCAUCCGCGGCGAGUCUUUGUUCGGACGGAGAGGCUUUGGAGAACUCGCAGGCUAUGGAAGAAGUGGAUGAGAGAUUGGAAACCGAGGUGGAGCAAAAUUUAAAGACUACGGUGACCGAUCAACAACCUAUAAAAGCUGCCUUAAGAUCUUCUCCAAAACCUAAAACUCAGUCGAAUGACCAACCAACCACCCAGAAUCAGAAGUCUGCAAAAACGACGGAUUUGGGAGUUUCAACUUCGGUCAGCUUACCACGAUCACCAACAAGGCAAUCGAAACGACUCAAAGUGGAGCUUAGUUCUAUAUUUGGUUCCCAAAAACUGGAAUCUGUAUCGGAUGGUGGAGUUUCUUUUUCUCAGGUAUCUUCCUCAUCAUCCCAAAGAUUUUCCCAACUCAGAACACCCACACGAGGCUCCCAGCCAAAGAAAAAGUCUCGCAUGGGUUUCUAAAUGCCGGCUGCAAACGAGGAAUGUUGCAAGAUGGGAUGUUUACCUCUCGCUCUCGUCCCAGACGCCCUCCGGGAUGGUGGGUAGCUCGGGAAUACUGCAGUAGCUGCUGUGCAAAUUCUGCGCCGUUCUCCGCGAUACGAUCCAAACCAGUUUCCUGUGGUCAGGUUUGGCACAUUCUGGAGAGGAAUACUGCUUCAUACACUGAUCUACCAGACCUCGCCAGUGCGCCAGGUCAGCCUGAGAGAUCUAAAGAGAGCAAACAGAUACCGUGUUAAACACCAGCUUACAUAAGACCAAGGCAAACGGCCAGCAUAAUUUUGGAAAGGUCUGAUUUGACAGGUGUGUCCGCCAACAGUCUGCAGCCUGCUGGAUAAGGCUUUGACUUUUGGGUGCAAUGGUAUAUUUUUCGAAAAACAUUUGUGGUGAUUAUUUUUGUACGUACAACUGCAUUCUUUUUUUGCAUUGACAGUGUUGCGAUUAAACUAGUCAUAGUCGUAAGAUUGUGACUUGAAACCAAACAGCAGUCUGUAUUUAUUAACUAUUUCGGGUGCGUUUGCAAUAUCUGAUCUGCUUUGAUUUUUACCUUCAGAUGUCUCUGUAUGCGAUGGGCGAUCUCUAGGAGGUCUGAUGACUUUAAGGCAUCGAUCUCCUGCAUCAGCAGAGAUAAGGCAAGCACCGAAGGCUAUAAAAAAAGAGGAACAAAACCAUUAAAAUAAGCUUGUGCAUAACUCA